AUGGAGGAAAAGAACUCUUCUACGGCUAAACCCCAGCCAACCUCUGACGUGGAUACUCUCUGCACCGAUGGCUACGAGCAGAAUAGGGAACGAAUUCGCAUCGCAAAUCCACAGGGCAUGACUCGUUCCCAGAGUGGAGUAGAUGUUGAGAAAGCCGAACAGGAAUUCUCCGAGUUAAAUAAGCAGUUCUCCAACAUCUCAUACCAAGCCCGCCGGCUGUCAAAGCAGGUCUCCAGGCAUUCCAAACUCGCAGAUGUUGAACAGGCUGUCAGCUCUACCGAGUCGAGCGAGCAGUGGGACCUGGAGAACACUUUGCGGGGCACGAAAGACGCGGAGGUCGCAGCUGGGAUCAGAAACAAGAAUAUUGGUGUGGUCUGGAACGACCUCACCGUUCGAGGCCUUGGUGGCAUGAAAAACAUUAUUAAGACCUUCCCAGAUGCCAUCGUUGAUUUUUUCAAUGUGCCCGAGACCAUCAUGCACAUGCUCGGACAUGGCCGAAAGAGUCAAGAGUUCGAUAUCCUGAAAGACUUCCGUGGCGUUGCGAAGCCAGGAGAGAUGGUAUUGGUGCUGGGCCGUCCAGGAUCAGGCUGCACCACCUUUCUCAAGGUGAUCACAAACCAACGCUCUGGAUAUACCGGGGUAGACGGAGAUGUCAUGUACGGACCUUUCGAUGCGAAAACUUUCUCCAAGCGGUUCCGCGGUGAAGCUGUCUACAACCAGGAAGAUGAUGUUCACCAGCCUACCCUGACCGUCAAGCAAACGUUGAAUUUUGCGCUGGACACAAAAACCCCUGGAAAGCGUCCCUUGGGCGUGUCGAAGGCGGAGUUCAAAGAGAGAGUCACGGGAAUGUUACUCAAAAUGUUCAAUAUUGAGCACACUGCCAAUACAGUUAUCGGGAACCAAUUCAUCAGAGGUGUUUCCGGAGGCGAAAGACGCCGUGUAAGCAUUGCAGAAAUGAUGAUCACUUCUGCCACCGUUCUGGCCUGGGAUAAUAGUACCCGCGGCCUCGAUGCCUCCACUGCGCUAGACUUUGCCAAAUCCUUGCGUAUCAUGACCAACAUCUACAAGACGACAACGUUUGUUUCCUUGUAUCAAGCUUCGGAAAACAUCUACAAACAGUUCGACAAGGUGCUCGUCAUCGACAAGGGCCGUCAAGUAUUCUAUGGUCCCACGUCCGAAGCACGUUCCUACUUCGAAGGUCUUGGAUUCGAGAAGAAACUGCGACAGACCACCCCGGACUAUCUGACUGGCUGCACUGAUCCAUUCGAGAGAGAGUUUAAAGAAGGCCGAGAUGAGAGUAAUGUCCCGUCGACUCCUGCUGCGCUGGCAGAGGCCUUCGACAAGUCCAUCUACAGCGAGAGACUCGCAGCCGAGAUGGAGUCGUACCGCCGCCAAACGGAGCAGGAAAAGCAUCUCCAUGAUGAGUUUGAACUGGCCCAUCUCGAAGCGAAACAGAAGUUUACCCCAAAAUCAUCGGUCUACUCCAUUCCGUUUCAUCUGCAAGUCUGGGCUCUGAUGCAACGGCAGUUCCUGCUCAAACUGCAGGACAAGUUCGCUCUCACCGUGUCUUGGAUCACAUCCACGGGAAUUGCCAUCAUCCUCGGCACCGUGUGGCUGCAGCUGCCCAAGACCAGUGCCGGCGCUUUCACCAGGGGUGGAUUGCUUUUCAUUAGCAUGCUUUUCAACGGGUUUCAGGCCUUUUCCGAGUUAGCAUCCACCAUGAUGGGACGAGCCGUCGUCAACAAGCAUAGGCAGUUCACCUUCUACCGACCGAGCGCCCUGUGGAUUGCUCAGAUCCUAGUCGACACCAUCUUCGCCACGGCUAGGAUCCUACUAUUUGCCAUCAUCGUCUAUUUCAUGUGCGGUCUUGUUCUAAAUGCGGGUGCUUUCUUCACGUUCGUCCUGAUCAUCAUCACUGGCUAUGUCUGCAUGAGUGUCUUCUUCCGGACUAUCGGGUGCGUGAGCCCGGACUUCGACUAUGCCAUGAAGUUCGCCGCCGUGAUCAUCACCCUGUUCGUGUUGACUUCGGGCUAUCUCAUUCAAUGGGGGAGCGCCCAGGUAUGGCUUCGCUGGAUCUACUACAUCAACCCCUUCGGUCUUGGCUUUUCCAGCUUGAUGAUAAAUGAGUUUGAUAGACUGACUAUGACGUGCGUCUCUGACUCUUUGAUUCCAAACGGGCCGGGAUACUCUGAUAUCGCACACCAAGCUUGUACUCUAGCUGGAGGAGAUGCCGGUUCUGCCAUUAUUCCCGGUACAAGCUAUAUCGAGCAGACCUUCAGCUAUUACCGCAAGGAUCUUUGGCGGAACUGGGGAAUUAUGCUUGCGCUCAUUGCGGGUUUUCUCGGGAUGAACCUAUACUUUGGCGAAACGCUCACUUUUGGUAGUGGAGGCAAGACCGUUACUUUCUACUCAAAGGAAAACAAGGAAAGAAAGCAGCUGAACGAAGCCCUGAAGAAGAAAAGAUUUGCACGCCGAUCCAAAGAUGAGAAUGAUCCCGCCAGCGAUCUUCAAGCGGUCUCAAAGUCAAUAUUCACGUGGGAAGAUGUCUGUUACGAAGUCCCGGUUGCAUCGGGUACUCGUCGGCUGCUCAAUUCGGUCUACGGAUACGUGCAACCCGGGAAGCUGACUGCGCUGAUGGGUGCAUCUGGUGCAGGGAAGACCACACUGCUUGAUGUCCUGGCGUCUCGGAAGAACAUCGGUGUGGUCACAGGUGAUAUCUUGGUUGAUGGCAUUGCGCCCGGCACCUCUUUUCAGCGAGGCACGUCCUAUGCGGAGCAGCUCGAUGUCCAUGAGCCGAUGCAGACCGUUCGCGAAGCGCUUCGCUUCUCUGCGGACCUUCGCCAACCGUACGAAACGCCCCAGUCUGAGAAGUACAGUUACGUAGAGGACGUUAUUUCCCUGCUUGAGCUGGAGAAUCUUGCCGAUGCCAUUAUUGGGGACCCUGAGAGUGGCCUCUCUGUCGAGGAACGCAAACGAGUCACCAUCGGUGUCGAACUAGCUGCGAGGCCCGAACUGCUCCUCUUUCUGGAUGAACCUACUUCAGGGCUGGACAGCCAGUCUGCAUUCAACAUCAUUCGGUUUCUCCGAAAGCUUGCCGCCGCCGGACAGGCCAUCUUAUGCACUAUCCACCAGCCUAAUUCAGCACUGUUUGACAGCUUCGACCGUUUGCUCCUGCUCCAGAGAGGGGGUGAAUGUGUCUACUUUGGCGACCUGGGCGAUGACUCGGCCGUCCUGUUGGACUAUUUCCGUCGCAACGGUGCCGACUGUCCUCCUGAUGCUAAUCCUGCUGAAUGGAUGCUUGACGCCAUUGGUGCAGGCCAAACCCGUAGCAUCGGCGACCGCGAUUGGGGCGAGGUCUGGCGCAGGUCGCCUGAACUCGAGCGUCUGAAAGAGGAGAUCAUCGAAAUCAAGGCGAGACGUCAGACCGAGGUGCAAGGGUCGUCGCAACCUGAUGAAGUCGAGAAGGAAUAUGCCAGUCCGCUCUGGCACCAGAUCAAGGUGGUCAGCCGCCGGACACAUCUUUCGUACUGGCGCUCGAAGAACUACGGCUUCACGCGCCUGUUCACGCACGUCGUCCUCGCCUUGAUCACUGGCCUUUCCUUCCUUCAAUUGGAUGACUCGCGGACCUCGCUUCAGUAUCGCAUUUUCGUCAUUUUCAACGUGACCGUGCUACCCGCCAUUAUUAUUCAACAGGUCCAACCAAAAUAUGACUUCUCGCGCUUGAUCUUCUACCGCGAGUCCGCUUCCAAGACCUACGGCCAGUUCGCCUUUACCCUGUCGAUGGUCCUCGCCGAGCUGCCGUACAGCAUCCUAUGCGCCGUGUGUUUCUUCCUCCCGAUUUACUACAUCCCUGGCUUCUACACCGAACCCAGCCGAGCAGGGUAUCAGUUCUUGAUGGUCCUAAUCACAGAGCUUUUCUCCGUCGCUCUUGGCCAGGCGAUGUCCGCACUUACCCCGAAUAGCUUCAUCGCGUCGCAGUUCAAUCCCCCUGUUAUUAUCAUUCUGAGUUUGUUUUGUGGCGUCACCAUCCCAAAGCUGCAGAUGCCAAAGUUCUGGCGCGAAUGGCUGUACCCAUUGGACCCGUUCACCCGUCUCAUCAGCGGGAUGGUGGUGACGGAAUUGUAUGGCCGGGAUGUUGUCUGCAGGGAAUCAGAAUACGACACGUUCACCCCGCCAGCCAACGAGACGUGUGGGCAGUAUAUGAGCGCAUUUUUCGCCGACGGUGGGCUAGGGUACCUCAAGGACAACGCGAGCAGCACGUGCGAGUACUGCGCAUACAAGGACGGCCAGCAGUUUUACGCGGAGUUCGACAUGUCGUUCAGCGAUCGAUGGAGGGACCUCGGGAUUUUCGUGGCCUACAUUGCAUCAAGUCUGAUUAUUCUCUUCAUUGCAUCUCGCUUCCUCAACUUCAACAGACGGUAA